AUGUGGACCCUGUAUGUGUUUCCAAAUGCAGAGGUCGGGGAGGAGACGAGGCGGUCGGGCGACGGGAAGAGGGCGGUCGCAGAACUUGAGGCGGCGGAUGGUGAGGCCGAUGGCGAGCACGAGCCAGAGGAGAAGGGGCGCGCAGUCGGGUGGCCCUCGAGUCGCAGCAGCGGUGCGGCCUGUGAGGGGAGAGGCGCUAGGGCGCGGGCGGAGUUCGCCAGCGGCUGCCUCGACCAUCAGCCAGAUCCGCAGCCUCGAACCGGGUGCCAACGCCCUAGCCUCGGUCACCCUCGCGUCUCCAACACGAGCACGGGUUGUGUUCUUCGAUCUCCUCAUACAGAGGACUUCUGCCCCUCGACCGAAAUCGAAAUCCAGCGCGAAGUCCCGCCGGAAUUUCUGCACAAGAUCAAGAUGGAUAUUGCCACGGCCGAAGUUCCGCCCCAGCUCGACAUUGCCGACACUGAGAAGGAAUUUGGGGAUGGGCGGGCGACCUUGGCGAAGCUGAGAGGGGGCCUUUUGCUUCCGGUGCGUUAUGGAGCCGAGGUGAUCGAUCUGCUGCUAAUUCAUGCUGCCGGUAGCUUUGUUGUCUGGCCAUGGAUAGGGCUUCGCGUGUGGAGCUGCGCGGAAGGUGUUCGAUUAUAUGCCCCUUUGAUAUAUGUCGUGGAAUGGUCUGCAAGAGUUUCUCAGCAUGAAGUCUUGUUAAACAGGAUCACGGAUGCAGGAGUUUCUGAGUAUGAUGGCCGGUGAGGUUCGGCCUGUCGAGUGAGUUCAGCUUCGCCACUGUCCUAACUGCAAUGCAGUACACUAUCUUAUUCUGAAAUCUGGGUAUCACUAGAAUCUUUUUCUAUGCAGUUUUUUUUACUGAAUGUGAACUGGAGAUGUGGUCACGUUCACUUGCCUAGGAAGAAUCAAGAAUCUCUUCGAUGCAAUCAUAAAUAAUGAUGUUGUAUAGUGGACUCCUGUGAUUUCUGUGUUUAUUCCGUAUAGAAACUAAUGAAGUGCCAUAUCAUGUCUUCAUCUAUGCAAAAUGUGUGUGCUGCUUGUGCAGCCCAUACACAUCGCAUCAAGUUUUUUUCCCACUUUGUUGUAUAUGAGCUGAAUCCUAAACGGAAUAAUACGAGGUUCCUUUUCA